CGGAAUCUCCUAUUCUACAUUCUCGAAAGGAAAGUACGAGGAAAACGUGCCGACUAAUUAACGAUUACCAGUAACCCCAACGCCUGCAUGACCCCUUGAGCAUUUAAUUAGCCAUUAAAUUAAAAUUAGGGAAACAACUCCUCUGGCGUUAUUUUUUUUUUCCUUUUAGAUCAUUCCAGUGUCAAAAUGGCAUCAAAUGAAUUAUGGAGAUGGAUUUCGAUUAUUUGGGUUUUGAGGAGACCAAGUGCGGAGAUGAACAUUUAUUUCAUAUGUAACAUGCGGGAAAAUGUGGACAGAGGAAACGCAGUUGUCUUGACGGGCAUUUCCUCAAUUCCUCCUGUUCCUCGUAGUUCGGAACGAUGCUGGAGGCACGCAACUCAAAAGAGACGCCUCUCGUCGAGCGGAACGAUCUUCGGUGCGAGGACCGAAAAGAAAAGAGGGACCCUCGGCUUGGCCGAGGUUGCAAAAUCAAAGGAAAAGAUGCGCUCUAAGUAGAUCCCCGAGUAUCCGCGACCGGUCUGCCCGAUUGGCUGGUUCCCUUGAAAAUAGUGGCAAAGGUGACCGGCCAUUGGAGGAGCGGUUUACCCCCACGAUCGGCGCAGGCUAUAUAGAAGACCCACCGAGGAAUUUCAUCUUCAGAACGGAGUCAGUGUCACGGUAACCCACCUGCACGAUACGAUGUUGAAGUCCACGCAAUACUUCUCGCUAUGCCUUGCGGUACUUGUCAUGGGACAAGCAGCCGCAUUACCGCAACCUCCUCAGUAUUCCCCUCAGUACCCACAACAGUACCAGCAGGUCAGAGAUGACAGGAAGUUCGCAGAAAAGCCGAAUGCCAUGAAGAAGGUGGCCCUCGACGACCUGGACGACAUCAGCACGAACCAGAUUCAGGAGGGCAAUGCCGGCGGGUUCUCCUGGUCGAACAUGUUGGGGAUGCUGAUGCAGAUGUUGUUGGGCCAGUCCGGAGGAAUGCCGGGACCUAGCAAGAACGAGGUCGACGACGGGGUCCCGGCAAGUCCUUGGGCGAACCUCUUGUCGGUGGGUCUCAGGGUCCUCACUGCCAUUUUGGGCGGUCCCCAGCAGUCCGUCGACGGCAUCGACAAGGUCGACAACCAGAGCAGUCCUAUGCAGGGCAUAUUGACUGCGGUGCUGGGCGCGUUUCUAGGACAGGGCAGAGAUCCCGAUCAGGUUGCUGUCAUGGCUAAGCAGGCUACCGAGUUCAUCAGCAUCGUCAUCAAUCUCUUGGACGCCCUGAAGACCUCCUUUUCGCAUCGGUCCUUGGCAGCUCGUUCCCUCGGCAGAAGAGACACCAUUUCCGAGGCUGCCGUGGCUUCCAUUUCCAUGCUCAAGGGAUACGUUCGAUCGAUGAAGACAUUCGGUAACGUCGGCCGUUCCGAAGAAGAGGGACAACGAGGAUGCGCCGAGAGAGCUCUUUGCGAAGCCAGUGCAGAGUGCGUGGCCGAUACCCAAGGAACGUCCUCGAUUUUCUGCCAGCUCGGAUCGUACGCGACGAGUUACAUCCUCCAGAGGCAGAGCGGCGUCGGAUUCGAGGCCCUCUACGAGGCUGGGAGACGCGGACGUUCCGGGGAAGACUGCAGGAGGCUUUUCCUGGACUGCAACGCCGUCUGAGUCGACUUCCGGCCAAGAAGUUCGAGGCGCAGCUCGGACCCUGACGGCAGUCCUCGCUUCCGGUUUCUUCGAGGAGUCCACCCUCGAGUCCGAGCCCCGCUCGCGACGGCCAUUGAAAUAAGCUAAUUUCUGCGCUUCUUUUCCCUUUUCCCUACGCGAAAGGCUCGGGUCGAGACCCGAGCGAGAACGAAAUUCAUUUCCGACCGGAGAACGGGCACAAUGGACGAGACUCCUGGAGAGAGCUCUUGGAAGAGUGGAGAGCCUCUUGGGAGAACGAGAGACGGUCUCCUUCCUCGUUCACUCCGGUUUAACGAUCCGCGAACGUUUAUCAUUAUUUAUAACUCGGGAACCUCUACCAACUCCGUGACCUCUCUCAUCCGUAAUCGAGGCUCAAGAUCGAGGUCGCUUCUCCAUUUCGUCCUCCGCCCGAUGGCGGGAAAUUCAGCAAGUAUUUAACGGGACGUUAAACCUUUGCCGAAUUUUCCCGUCAUCCGAACUAAUGACCGCGUACCUAAAGUAGAAACAAUUAAAUUUAAUACUCGUACCCUUUGCGUCUAGGGAAAGAUACGUCGGAAUGUCGGAGGUGUUUCAUCUUUCAUAGGCAAGAAAAAUCAUACGACGUAAUGGCCAACGGAGUUCUCACCAUAGCGAGUAGACUGAACGAGACUCGAAGCUUGGACGAACCUCUACGUAUUAUUUCGGUUCAACCAAAACUCGAGAUAGCUAUGCUGAUAAUAUUUAUUGUUAUUUAUUGAGCCUAAAUAUGUUAAUUGAUAAUGCGCGAGUGGAACCCCCGGGCCCUGAGUAUACCGACAGGACGACGAAGGAAGUCCGACAUUUCGGGAACGUCGAGCUUCUUGCCAAAUUUAAUUUCCUUUCUUCAAGUAAUACCGAACGUACACGUUAUCGUUUUUUUAGUGAACAGUCGAAUAAUUUGCACAUAUCGUCACGUCAAAAAUCAAUUUCAGAUACUGCUUGGUUCUAGGGCUUUUCACAGUUCUAGGGUCGCCGUCAAGGCAGGUCAGGAAUCUUGAUAUUUCAUCCGCGCUGCAGCUUUUAUUUUUUAUACGCGUAUUUAUCCAUAGUUUAAACGUAUGUUAUCAGACGUGCUGGAGUAAUUAUCGAAAUUUCUGUAACCCCACUUUAAGCCGGGAAUUUUGGUAACUGUUCGAGUGCUCUCAUCCACGUACAUUAGCGACUCAUUUUCGCGGGGGAAAAUUAGUGGUAAUUUAAUCAAUGUAAAGAAUCGAUUCCGGCAGUUUUUUUUAAUAAUUCGAGGACAUCCUGCUCGGAGACAGAGAAUUGCCGAAAAAGUUGCCAAAGUAGUUACACGUUAGACAAAGCAAUUUCCCUUUGCAAUGAGAGACUGCGUUAAAAAUUAUGACGUCACUCGAAAAUCAGUUCACUUAUCAAAAAUCGGUGCUCUUAUUGAUAACGGCAUGUGAACGAUUCUCGGGAUGUCUCCGGGUCAGGGAGUGCAAAAUGAAGGAGUUCCCAUAAAUUCGAGAAAACUUGUCUCCGUCGAGGUGCGGCUCUCCCGACAUUCGUACGAGUUAAUAUCUCAGGAUGUUCGAUUUUGCGGAAUAUUCAACUGUAUAUAUUAUAUACGGCUGGAGUUUGGCGUAGCUCUUAAUAUCACGUAGCUUUAAGUUGUAUGUAUGCGCAGUAUGAUUGUACCUCGUAGGUAUCAAUAAAAGUAAGCUCGACAUUAAAAUUUAUUCAAGCAGAUGUAUUAUCUGCCUUCUCCUCCGAGACUUUAAAUUUUGAUGUCGAAACACUAACAAGAGGCGGGAAUAAUUAAAAAUAAUAACAGCAAGGGGUCCUACGAGGUAAAGACUGGAAAAAAUUUCCGCCUCCCUUGUUCCCAACGAGCAUGAAUAUCCUCGAUGACGGUGGACGAUGACACGAUGCGUGACAUGCCGUUGACAAAAGUGUCACAACGUGCCUUCUGACGAAACAGUCUCUCCUUGGGAUUCGCCAGAGGAAGGUGCCCGAUUGACUCAUCUCAUCUCCUGAACUGACUCCGGGGGCUGAACUUGAAAAAAUAUUAAGAGAGGUGCGCGAACAGGUAUUCCAAUUUUUAUAGAGUCAUUACACCUCGCGUCGACGACUUUCAGAUGACGUUUAAAUCAUUGAUCAAUUUCGGGGGCUCUGACCAUGUCUCGAAAAUGGGACCGCACUACAUGGGACCUGGGGACUACUACGAUAGUGGCCACAGAAGGUACGAAUAAAUUAAUAAUUAAUGGCGCAUCAAUAAUAACAUCAUAUUUUAGGGGAUACAAGGGUGGAGGGAAAGGCGGGGGACACGGAAGUGGAGCAGCGUUGAGUGCACUGACUCUCCUGGCCUUCAUGUUUCUCCUCAACAUCAUGCAGGUCAUUAUCAAAUUUUUACUCUCUCCUCCCUUCCCCAAAGCGAGAUAACUUAAGUCGAUUCCCCUCAUCAGC